AUGGACGCCGAACGAGAGAGUGCACAAGUGAUGAGCAUCAUGACCUGGGCCCUCUGGAAUCGAUUGCAAGAAAAAAAAAGGUUGCACUUGGCUCUCGACAUUGACACGGGGGAGAUCUCUCGGUCUGCGGCACUAAUGGACGAGACUCGACUGGCACACGCUGGACGAGCGACUUGCUUUCCAGAGAGUUUCGUGAUGAACCCCGCAGCGGAGAGUGUCCAGAGGCCAUGUGACUGGCAGUUACACUGGCGUGACGCAGCUGAGGGAUCAUAUCACUAG